AUGGCUCCUAGUAAAGGAUGGAUGGAUCUUGUUGGUGAUCAUCUCAAUGAUAUAUAUUUACGUGGAGUUGAGGAAUUUUUAGACUAUGCUUUUAAAAAGACUAGGAUGUAUGGAGAAAUACAUUGUCCAUGUGUCAAGUGUAGUAAUAGGUACUCCACUACACGAGAAGUGGUAAGGACACACCUCAAAGUGUAUGGAAUAAUACGUAGUUAUACAUUUUGGUAUCACCAUGGAGAAAGGGUAGGCAAAUAUGAAUCUGACUCAGAAAGUGAUCAAUUAAAUGAAGAUGAGCCUAGCGAUGAGAUGCAUGACAUGUUAAGGGAUUUGUAUCCAGAGUUUUGUGAUCAAGAUACAAACUAUGAGGAUAUGGAUACCUUUAGCCACGAUAUCCAUGAAGAGGAUUCGAAUGAUGAAGCGGAUAAAUUCUACAGGUUAUUAAGAGAUUUUGAGCAACCAUUAUACAAAGGUUCUAAGAGCUCAAAGUUAUCUUGCUUAGUCAAAUUGCUCCAUAUCAAGAGCCUUGGUCGAUGGAGUAAUGAGUCAUUUACUAUGUUGUUGCAAUUAUUGAAAGAUGAAUUAUUGCCUGGCGGAUCUACUUUGCCAGAUUCAUAUUAUGAUGCUAAGAAAGUAAUUCAAGAUCUUAGUCUCUCAAACAAAAAGAUUGAUGCAUGUGUAAAUAAUUGCAUGUUAUAUUGGAAAGAGGAUGAUGGGUUAGAUUUUUGCAAGAUGUGUGGCUAUUCUAGAUGGAAUACUGAUAAAUAUAAUUGGGAAGACAAACUUAGAACUAAUGGGAAGAGAAUACUAAUAAAAAUUCUAUGUUACUUUCCAUUAAAGCCAAGACUUCAAAGGUUGUUUAUGUCCACAAAGACAACGUCUUUAAUGAGAUGGCAUAAAGAUAAGAAGGUAGAUGAUGGAGUGAUGAGACACCCUGCUAAUUCAGUGGCAUGGAUUUCUUUUGACAAACUACAUCCAAACUUUGCCUCAGACUCUCGCAAUGUGAGACUAGGCCUUGCUAGUGAUGGAUUUCAACCUUUUGCCAAUUCAAAAAUGCCAUAUAGUCCUGAGGGUCCUGGAGAUGCAAUUGAUAUUUAUCUUCGACCUUUAGUAGAAGAACUAAGAGAGCUAUGGGAAACUGGUAUUGAUACAUUUGAUGCAUAUGCAAGACAAAAUUUAAAGUUACAUGCAGUUUUACUAUGGACUAUUAAUGAUUUCCCUACAUAUGGGAACUUUUCAGGUUGGAGUACUAAAGGAGAGUUGGCUUGUCCAUGUUGUAAUAAGGACACUGUUGGAUGA